AAAAAGUGGAGCUCUGGGAGAAUUCAUGCUGUGUUAGCAUCCCCGAGCAACUCCAUCAAUACCGCAUACAGCUGAACUGCUGGCAAGAGACCUGCAACUGCAGCGAGAGAUAGAGAGAGAGAGAGAGAGAGAGAGAGAGAGAGGAGGAAAGGAGUGAGAAGGUGUGAGUGUGUGUGUUUUGUGUUUGAAGCUUUGAAGGGAUAAGAACCAGGAGAAGAUAAUAAAGAAUAGGACAGAGUAGGCGAGUACAUCUUACUCUGCUUUCUUCCUACUGCUUAGUGAGUGAGUGUGAGAGAGAGAGAGAGAGAGAGAGAGAGAGAGAGAGAGAGAGAGAGAGAGGCUUGCUGUGGGACUGUGUGUGGAUCCUGGGUUACUGCAGUAAAAGCGGUGCAGGACACAACGCAGCACUCCAGAAGACUUCUCAGGAGCUUGAGGAGUGGAAGGAGCCUGAAGAAGAGCUUGGUCUGGGUGCUAGAAUGUUCUCCUGCUCCUCAGAACUGUCUGUGCAGUGAGUGUGUGGACGUUGAUCUGACUGCACCUGCUUCCUCUGGGCUGUAGGCUAUGUGCAGUGGCUGAGCUGUGAUAUGGCUGAACGGGCCAAGCAGGCCCAGAAUUCCCUGCUGCAGUGCUGUGUCCACCUCCACCUCCGCUCCCUGUGGCCCACUGUGACCGUCUGAUCCCGCCCGGCCCCCCCGCGCCCUCCCUGGGCUUCCCAAUCACCAGGCCUCCUGGCUUCACUGCAGGCCCACCAUGGGAGGAUGCCUCUCCAAAACCAAACCAGUAGAGGUCAAAGUUGAGCUCACUCUCCUGGAGAAGGAGAAGGAAGCGGACCUGAUGUCUCCAAAUGGUAAGGCUAGUCCGUUCUCAGAGUGUCGUCCAAAUGGUUCUCUGGGUCACUGCUCGGAUGAGGACUCGUCCGUUCUGCGUCCCUCACACAAACACCGAGACUACAUCGAGGCCACAGUGUGCCACGUCAAAGACCUGGAGAACGGACAGAUGCGUGAGGUGGACCUGGGGCCGGGCAGAGCUCUGCUCAUUAAGGAACAUGGGGAAUUCUCUGCCAUGGGGCACAAAUGCCCACACUACGGGGCACCACUGGUUAAGGGAGUUUUAUCUAAAGGACAUGUUCGGUGUCCGUGGCACGGAGCCUGUUUCAACAUUGCAACCGGAGACAUCGAGGACUUCCCAGGUCUGGACAGCCUUCCCACUUUUCAGGUCAGAGUUGAAAAGGAGAAGGUGAUCAUACGGGCAAACAAACAGGCUCUACAGACGCAGAGGAGAACGAAGGCCAUGGCCAAGUGCUCAGCCGUCAUCAACUCCAGUACAAGCUUUAGCCACGUUCUCAUCAUCGGAUCAGGUCCCGCUGCGUUGGUGUGUGCAGAGACGCUGAGACAGGAAGGCUUCACUGACCGCAUUGUGAUGUGCAGCAUGGACAAACACCCUCCGUAUGACAGGCCUAAACUGAGUAAGUCAUUAGAAAGCACAGCUGAGCAGCUACAACUGCGCUCGACCGAGUUCUUCCAGAGCCACGACAUCGAACUGCUACUGGAGAAAGAGGUUGUGUCAGUCGAUGUAAAAACAAAAACCGUAAUGUUUCAGGAUGGCUAUAAGAUGGAGUAUAAGAAGCUCUUCAUUGCAACAGGAAGCAGACCCAAGUCCAUAAACUACAAAGGUAAAGACGUAAGCAACGUGUUUCAUCUGAGAACUCCUGAGGAUGCGAACAGCAUAGCCAGGCUGGCCAGCAGCAAGAACGCCGUCAUCGUGGGGACCUCAUUUAUUGGUAUGGAGGUCGCAGCUGCUCUUACAGAUAAAGCUCACUCGGUCUCUGUGAUCGGCAUCGAUGCGGUGCCUUUCCGUAAAGCUCUGGGGGAGAAAGUAGGGAAAGCACUGAUGAAGCUGUUCGAGAUGAACAGGGUGAAGUUCUACAUGCUGAACGAGGUGUCUGAGAUGAGAGGCCAUCAUGGACAGUUAAAAGAAGUAGUGCUGAAAAGCGGCAAGGUCUUAAGAGCAGACGUGUGUGUUAUUGGCACAGGUGCAACUCCUGCUACUGCAUUUCUCAAACAAAGUGGCUUGCACAUGGACUCCAAGGGAUUCAUAACUGUGAACAAGAUGAUGCAGACGAAUGUGGAUGGAGUGUUUGCCGGUGGAGAUGUAGUGACCUUCCCACUGGCUCUCCGUGGCAAUAAGAAGGUGAACAUCCCUCACUGGCAGAUGGCUCAUGUCCACGGGAGGGUUGCUGCUCUGGGCAUGAUGGGAAAAGCCACAGAUAUUCGAACGGUGCCUUACUUCUGGACUGCUAUGUUUGGAAAAAGCAUACGCUAUGCAGGUUACGGGGAUGGUUUUGAUGAUGUCAUCAUCCAGGGAGACUUGGACGAGCUGAAAUUUGUGGCAUUUUACACAAAGAGUGAGGAGGUGAUCGCCGUGGCCAGUAUGAACUAUGACCCCAUUGUGUCCCGGGUUGCGGAAGUCUUCGGUUCUGGAAAGACGAUUAAGAAGCGUGAUGUGGAGAUGUUCACCCACGGCAAGACAGGAGAUAUCUCAUGGUUGAUAGAUAAAGGUUUGCAGUGAGAAUCCACCAGACUUUAAUUUGGAGCUGUUUAAUGUCAGUGCUGCUGAUUUGGGACCCUGCAUGUGGGAUGAGUAGCUGAUGAAUCUCCUGCACAUUUAUGUGGUGUAAAUGUCAAAUCUUGGCUCACAUGUGGCAUGAAGCUGUUUCCUGAAAACCCAAGACUCUACACAGAGCUGUGAAUACACCUACACUCAACACUAACCUUAAAAUAAACCAGAGCUGCUUUGUAACGAGAGAACGGUUGGGUUUCGGAUGCUGAUGUGACGCUGAGCUUGGCCUUUUCUGCUUGCGCACGAAGCAACUACCUGUACACAGUGUUUAUAAAGGGGCAGUGAAAGGGGAACAUAUUUUUUUUUUGUUUUGUACAUGCAACAUUGUAAAUAGUUCUUACCUGGAAAUGCAUUGUAACAUUACGUGAUGGUUUUGUUUCUAUUAAAUCUUUGCAAGUUUGUAAUUCUACCAAUUAGCUGACGUUAAAGAUCACAUACUGGCCUUUGUACAGAUCUGCAGCUUUCAUGUUUGUAAGACCACUUUGGUAUGACGUUUGCUAGGACAUCGCCUUGUUUCAGAAAAAAAAACAUCUGAAAUCACGCUGAAUAUUUAGAAAUCUAGACUAAUCGACUAUGAUCAUUAGCAAACAUACAUCUUGCUUAAAGUCGGAGUGGCCUGAGGCCAGGUUUCAGGCUGUUUAAUGGACAUUUGAAUGUCCCAUAGGUCUUUAAUAUACGUGAGUCUGUUUUUUUAAUAAAUUAUGGAGUUUGAAACCUGGCCUGUUAUCACAGCAAACUAGUAGAAAUAUCUAAUAAAAUCAAAUCAGUAGCUUGAACGGCCCUUUUAAUGGACAAAAGCAUGUUCCCUGGGCAUCAGGCCCUUAAUGCUGACUAACAGCUCUCUAAUAUAAUGUACCUCUUAUGGUAACUUUGGUUGCCUUGCUGGUUAAUUGCACAAAAAAGUAAUAUAAGUACAUAUUUAAAGCUAUACCUCUAUAGUAAUAAUAAUAAUGCUAGCGAUAUAAAACUAUAAGCUUGUAUUUUCUGUUAUCUUUUAUUGAUUGAUGGAUUGAUUGACUGAUUGAUUGACUGAUGAAUAAUUCUAUUUUUAGAUAGUAUGCAAUAAUUCUGAAUGCUGAACUGGUAGUUUUGACCUCCUCAAGCUCCUUUUUGUUACUAACUCAGGGAUAGGAGGCUCAUAUAAAAGGGGUUUAUGCUGUUGAAAACAAAAAUAAUAAAUUUGUUGCUUUUAAA